GGGUUAGUCAUGGGGGGUAAGGGGGGAGGGGAGAGCAUGAGUUGUGCCCAAUAAACAGUCGCGGGGAGGUAAGCUUCUUCAGGGCGGCCGCCAGGCGAGGCCUUAAUUCGUCCCUAAUCGAGGAACUUAGGUGGUUGCAUUAAUCUCCGUGCAGGUGUGUGUGCCCAGGGGAGGAGCCAAGAGCGAGGACCGGAGGGAAGAGAGUGGAGGGAGACAGGGGCGGCGAGGGGCGGCGAGGGCUGCUGGCGGGCGUGGAGAGGGCGGAGAGGGGGCGGGGCGGGUCUGGCGGGUGUCGCAGUGUCGCUCGUGCCCUGGUUGGAGGUACAUUUACGCCCACGCUUGUCUGCCCCGCCACACCAACUCCCCCACCAGCGUGAACAUGAGGCCCCAGGUACCCACGCCCCUACCGCUGGAGCCUCCCGCCGGGCACAGAGGAGCCUGUGGGUGAGGUGAGCGGGGCCGCGGUGGGCGCCACGUGAAGCAGGGCGCGGACCGGGUGUGUCGAGGCCGUGUGCCGCCCCUCUCGCUCCCCUCACGCGUCGCAUACGCAGACCGUCGACAUGGGCGUGGAGCGGGGACGCGCCUCCCAGCGUUCGCAUGGGAUGGUGUCGCAGCGCUCCUACGGGACGUCCUCCUCCUCGUCGCACGGCUCAAGGACUAGGUGUAAAAACUGCUGCCGAAAGUUCGUGUCGUUCAUGUGUACGCAGGUGGGCGUGGGCGGCCUGGUGGUGUCGUACGCCAUCUUGGGAGCGCUCGCCUUCGAGGCCAUCGAGGGCAAGGAAGAGCUGUGGCAGACCAACCAGACGCUGCCCAUCCACGACAACACGAUCCGCACGCUCUGGAACGUGACGGAGCACCUCAACGUGCUCAACAAGGACCAGUGGUACGCGGACGUCAACCAGACGCUCUACGACUUCCAGAACCGGAUCGCCAAGGCGGUGAAGGAGGAAGGAUACGACGACAGGGAGGUGGAGGAGGUGUGGAACUUCCCCGCGUCCCUAAUGUUCUGCCUCAGCGUGUUCUCCAUGAUCGGCUACGGCCACAUGAAGCCCAAGACGGACUGGGGCAAGAUCGCCACCAUCAUCUACGCGGUGUUCGGCAUUCCCCUCUACAUCGUCUACUUCAUGAACAUGGGCCGCGUGUUCGCCAAGUCGUUCAAGUUUCUGUACCGCCUCAUGUACCGCUGCCUCAACCAUGGGCGCAGCAAGGGCGGCGGCGAGAUGGAGAUGGACGACGAGGGGAACGAGGUCAUCAUCGUGCCCUCCACCGCCUGCAUCUGGGUCAUGAUCUUCUACAUGACCACCGGCACCAUCAUGUUCGCGGAGUGGGAGCAGUGGUCCUACCUCGACUCCUGCUACUUCUCCUUCACCUCCCUCGCCAAGAUCGGCAUCGGGGACUUCGUGCCAGGCUUCGGCGGCGGCGGCGGCUCCGGCAAAGCCUCGAGCAACGACAGCAAGACCAAGCUGAUCAUCAACUUCAUGUACCUGCUGAUCGGCAUGGGCAUCAUCGCCAUGUGCUACACGCUCAUGAAGGAGGAGAUCAUGCUCAAGCUGCGCGCCCUCGAGCAGGACAUCAAGGAGAAGCUCUUCAUCUGCGGCCUCAAGCUGGGUCUGUACGAGGAGGAGCAGGAGUACCCGGACCCACGCCCGCCGCUCCACCACCACCGGUCCAGGUCCGUGCGUAAGUCCGUGCGUCGACGAUAGUGGUGGUGGUGAUGGUAGUGAUGAACGAUGGUUAAAAUGGCGGUGGUGGUGACACGUCCUGCCAUGUCGGACCUUACGUGACGCAGUUAGUGUUGACCAAACCGUGACCGUUGUGUUUCGUGACCCGUGUGUGGGCACGUGACGCACCAGCCGGAAGAGGGACCAUGCAGGGCGGUGUCAGGGGGGGAGAGGGAGCGUUACCGCAGCCGCAGGCACCCUCAGGCCACGGCGGUGCCAAGUUCCUCCCCCCUGAGUGCCCCUGCCGAAAAGUGCCGUUGAGAGGUAACUUGAGUGUUGGUCUGGGCCGCCUGUGCCUCGUGUGUUGGCUCGCGCCCUGCACACGAUGCCGACGCUGUGUACCAAGCAGUGUUACCUCCCGCGCUUCCUCCAGGUGCCAACUCCCGCGUGGGACGAAAAUAAAGAACCGCCUGUUUACGACAACAAACAGUGAUACCUCUAGAUCCAAAAGUAACACCCAAUGACUAAAUGCAGUGAAGACGAACAUUUAGAGGUCUGUAUUAAAAGAAAAAGAAAUAAAUCCAGUGACCACCUAUUUACAGAAGUGAUGCCUACUUCUCUAUGACUCAGUAACUAAAUGACUAAAGAAAAGAUACAGUGAAGAGGAACAGUUGGAGCUCUUUAUUAUAUACCGUCUUUUGAUUAGUGACACAGAAACAUAAGUCGGGUCUUUUCUCAAUAACCACACAAAAAAAUAACUAGACAACGGAGGUACUUUUCAUUUAGUCAACGAUCAAGGAGAAAGUGGAAUAUUAUUCUUGAGUUGUGGAAAAGAAGAAACACAGACAGAAAA